GGGCAGCGGCCAUUUUGCGGGGCGCCCACGUGUGGGGCGCACGUUCAGCGGGUCCUCACGUGACCGGGGCGCGCUGCAGCCGCCCGGGCGGACCCGGCGAGAGGCGGUGGCGGCAGUGGCAGUGAUGGACGGAUCCGGGGAGCAGCCCAGAGGAGGCGGGCCCACCAGCUCUGAGCAGAUCAUGAAGACAGGGGCCCAUUUGCUUCAGGGUUUCAUCCAGGAUCGAGCAGGGCGGAUGGGUGGGGAGACACCGGAGCUGGCCUUGGAGCAGGUGCCUCAAGAUGCAUCCACCAAGAAGCUGAGCGAGUGUCUCAAGCGCAUCGGGGACGAACUGGACAGUAACAUGGAACUACAGAGGAUGAUUGCCGCUGUGGACACGGACUCCCCUCGAGAGGUCUUUUUCCAAGUGGCAGCUGACAUGUUUGCUGAUGGCAACUUCAACUGGGGCCGAGUUGUUGCUCUUUUCUACUUUGCCAGCAAACUGGUGCUCAAGGCCCUGUGCACAAAGGUGCCUGAACUUAUCAGAACCAUCAUGGGCUGGACACUGGAGUUCCUCCGAGAUCGGCUGCUGGGCUGGAUCCAAGAACAGGGUGGUUGGGAUGACCUCCUCUCCUACUUUGGGACCCCCACGUGGCAGACAGUGACGAUCCUUGUGGCAGGAGUGCUCACCGCCUCCCUCACCAUCUGGAAGAAGAUGGGCUGAGGCCGCCUGCCGCCUUGUGGACUGUGUCUUUUCUGCAUAAAUUAUGGCUUUUUUCUGGGUGGAAUGGGGGUGGGGGGAAAUGGGCAUUUUUCUUACUUUUGUAAUUAUUGGGGUGGGGAAACGGUGGCCUGUGGAGGGGCAAUAAACCUCCUUUGGUCUACGAUUUG